ACUGUGCGUUUAAUUGUUUUUGCAUCACUUUUUAACUCCACGGUGCAAGCUUCUGUCUAACGUGAUUUUCCUUACGUCUUCCCUUUACACAUUUUUCACUAGUAAACUAUUGUCGCGUUUGAGGCAUUAAAUUGACUGCCACAAUUUGUAAAACAUUUUCAUUUUAUAAAUGAUUCUGAAAAUCUCAGUAAAGGGAGAAGACUUCGUGAAUUCCGUUACAGCACGGAUGUAUCGACGGGCAGUAUUUCUCUUCCUCUGCCCCCUUCACUGUUCUCCAUGGUCACGCGCUUGCUGUCUCUUCCGUGUGCGACGAACAGUUCGGUCCCAGUUGAGGCGCUCGCGCGCGCGCACGCGCUCCACGUCCGUAUUGAAUCCCGUUUUCCGCUACGUACUGGUGUAAGAUACGAAUGCCUAUAACAUAGGACAUGCAAUUUGGAAACCAUAUAAUUCGCCAAAAAAAAAAUGGGACAGUUACAGGAGACCGUGUAUUCCUGGAGAACCAACAGUGCAACACGCUGCUCAACGUGGGGUGACCCAGGAAAACGGGCAGAGUAGCAAAAGGCUGUGAUUCCUGUCAUCGCCAUGUGUACGAAGAACAGCACUGCCUGGCCUUUGGACCUGGCGGACCUUGCUAGACACCAGGCCUUCAACAGCAGCCUAGGCCAGAGUCCCAGCCCUGGUGGCUGGGCCUUGAUCCACACAGCCACAUUGGCUUCCUGCUCUCUGCUUCUCAUUCUCAUCUUCUGCCUGGGCUCCUAUGGCAACCUGGUGGUGUUCCUCUCCUUCUUUGAUCCAGCAUUGCGCAAGCUGCGCACUAAUUUUGACUUCAUGAUCCUGAACCUGUCCUUCUGUGACCUGUUUGUGUGCUGUGUCACAGCACCCAUGUUUGCCUUGGUGCUCUUCCUAGAUGGUGGUGGAGGGGGUGCGUCGCGUGGCUUCUGCUUCGCUUUUCACCUCACCAGCUCGGGCUUCAUCAUCAUGUCACUGGAGACGGUGGCUGUCAUUGCACUCCAUCGGCUGCGCAUGGUCCUGGGCCAGCAGCCCAACCACACAGCCUCAUUCCCGUGCACGCUGGCCCUCACCGCCCUGCUGUGGUCCUCCAGCUUCACGCUGGCUGCACUGGUCACCCUACGGGUAUACCCCAGCAGCACCGGGCCAUGCUUGCCCCACUUCGGGCUCGCCGGGCGACCCGCCCAGGUGGUCUUGUGCGUGUACCUGGCGGACUUCGCCUUCUGCGUGGCCGUGGUGUCCGUCUCAUACGUGAUGAUCGCACAGACUCUGCACAAGAAUGCCCAGGUACGCAAAUGCCCCAUCAUUGCUGUGGAUGCCACGAGGCCACAGGCCCCUCCCCCACCCUUUAGCACCGCUGGUUUCGAGGGCAUGCAGCGUGCCAUGCAGGUGCCAUCCCUUUACCGCAACCAGGCCUAUGGCAAGCUCCAGCAUGUUCAGACACACCCACUGGCAAAGAGGAAUGCUCAGGCCCUGGCUCCAGGUGCUGCCACUGGCGCCACCUGCUGUCAGUUGGUGUCUACGGUCAACCUGGCCACAGCCAAGGAUUCCAAGGCUGUGGUAACAUGUGUAGUCAUAGUAAUUUCUGUGCUCCUGUGUUGCCUGCCCAUGGGCGUGUCGCUGGCGCACGACGUCCUGGCACAGAAGAGCGGCUUCAUCCACUACCAGUUCGAGCUGUGUGGCUUCGCCCUCAUCUUCCUCAAGUCAGGCAUCAACCCAUUUGUGUACUCGCGCAACAGCGCAGGCCUGCGACGCCGCCUGAUCUGUUGCUUUCAGUGGCUGGCGCUCGGCUUCCUCUGCUGCAAGCACAAGACCCGCCUGCAUGCCAUGGGCAAGGGCAGCCUUGAGGUCAACCGCAACAAGUCAUCACACCAUGAGACCAACUCAGCCUAUGUGCUCUCGCCCAAGCCACCACGGAGGCUGGUGGACCAGGCGUGUGGACCCAGCCGUUCACGGGAGAGCGGGCCAAGCCCGCGUGGCACCACUGGCCGGAAACCGCGGCCUCCCAGCACCUCCACGCCCAUCAACACCCGCAUCGAGCCCUACUACAGCAUCUACAACAGCAGCCCCUCGGCUGGCCAUAGUUCUCCCAGCGGCUUGCAACCAGUGAACUCGCAUACAACCACAUUCGCCAAAAGCUACGUGGCUAUGCACUACCACAGCCACCAGGAGGUGCUGCAGGACGUUGACAGUGCAUCAGCACAUCCGAUCCCCAUACCCUCAGUGUGAGCUCUGUGUGACUCUUCAGAACGGCACACUGCUUAUGUUGUUAAUAAUGGAGAAUUUAGUGUUCGCUUGUAAUUUACUAAUGGUUGUUUUUCAAGCGACUACAAGUGUAAUAAAAUAUAUGAAUAAAAAGUAAUAGUGGGUAUUAAAUCAGACUAAGUAACGGUUUGGAUUCCCAAAGUGUUACUGAGUUUGCUUGACAGAAGGAUAUUCUAUUUUUACAUAGACAUUAUGUUUUUCAUAAUGUACAAAAGUGUGUCUUUUCUCCAUUAAGAUAAUGUAUUUGUGAGUGUUCUACAUUUUAUAUCUUAAUUAUUAAAUGUUUUGCAAGUGCA